UGAGUGCACGAGUAAUGUUGAAAAUUGGUAGAAUAUAAAAUUAGUACAGCAAAAGAAAAAUGAGUAAAGACCGAUUUAUAAUUAGACAGUAACCAAUAUCUAUUGAAAUAUAUUGCCCGUAUUCACGAAAAUCUAUGUAAAUUUCAAAACAAACAAAAAUAUUUAAUACUUAACAGGAAGUAAGAAAUAUAUAUUACAUAUCUUAACCAUACAAUUAUUUCUUAUAUAAGAGUUCCCUAUUUCCGUUUUAUCCUCUAGUUUUUAUAUUUAGAAGUUGUUUCCUUACAGUGUGUUCACCUAUUUGAGUAUCUACUGUUCUUUGUAAAAUAAACAAACAUAGCUCAAACAAGGGAUCAACCAAAUUGAAUCAAGAGUUAAUACAUUUUGUAAAGUACUAGCCAUUUAGGCAUCAUAAAUUCCAGAUAUUUAAGGCACACAGUACAAAACUUAAAGCCGAAGAAAUAGUUAUAAACAAUGCGAACUAGCUACAAGAAAAACCGACCCUUCGAUUUCAAGCUAAUAGAUUUGGUGGAACCCAAUCCAGUGCUUUAUAAAAGGUCUGGGCUCUCGAAUUACGAUGCAAUGAAGGCCAAAACAGAUAUUUGGGCGCGGAUAGCUGAGAUGAUGGGCUGUGAUGUGGACUUCUGCCUGAUGCGCUGGAAUAACUUGCACUACCAAUUCCGCAAGGAGUUCCGCCGGGCGGAUACCAGUGGUUCGACCUGGCCGUAUUUGGAGCGCCUCCGAUUUCUGGCCGACAAUCAGUCAUCUCCCAAGACCAAAAGCAAACCUAAGGUUAGGGAUUUAGCUGGCAAGCAGGAGGAUUCCGUCCAAGAGGAAAUUCCCGUGCAGUUUCUGUGGGAGACCUACGAAGAUGGUGAAGUCACCCAACAGCCCAGCACCUUCCUCAUCGAGGAGAUCGUCGAGGAACCCACCGAGCAGGUCAUCCAGGAGGAAAUUAUCUACGAAGAACAGGAGACAGCCCAGAUACUCUCCCCUAGAAGCAGCUUCCUCCAGAUGGACCAGGUCCUCGCCCAACUAAAGGAACCCCAGCGGAAACGGGCGGAACGUAGGAUCACAGCCUUUCUACUCAAGUGCCAAUUGCGUGCUCUGAGUAAUCAGUCCGGGAGGGAUCUGAUCAUAUAGUUGUUACUUUACAUACUCUCAACUUUAUUAAAAUAAUAAAAAAACUAAAAUUA